AUGGCUGGCCUUCGUGUGUUCCCGCAGCUUUCCUCUGUGCGACUUAAUGCUGCCCGCCAAUUCCACUCUUCCCCAUUCCGCGCCGCCGUUCCACACCCGAUCACUGCCCACGGUCCCCCGCCCAAAGCUCCGGCGCCAGCAGCACAAUUUAAGGAUAAAGCUGGCCAAUCGGAAACUGAAUCAUCAGGACAGAACUCACCAUCAUUAACUAAGCCUUCCCCGCUGAAGUCGCGCUUUUGGAAACAUGUUCACGUUCACGGAAAGCCCGGAGAAUACCAAGUACUUCUUGAUAAGCGCCCCGUGAGGACCCCGAACAAGGAUAUUCUCUCAAUACCUCCAACCAAGCCUCAACUCGCACACGCAGUCGCCCUGGAGUGGGAUGUUAUGACAUCUGCCCAACAAGCUCUCAAGAGCCACUUGAUCCCCUUGACCUCCCUAUCAGCUCGCGCUGCCGAUAUCGUUCGCGAAGAUGCCCAGGGCAUCGAUACCACCCGAAGCCAGAUCACCGCCACAGCCAUGAAGUACCUGGAAACAGACACUCUGCUCUGCUGGGAACCAGAGAGAGACGCCGAGUUAUAUGGACGAAUGCACGCGGAUGGGAAAAAUACCGAGACCUUGCGCGAUGUUCAAAUCCGCGUUGCGAAGGAUAUUAUGAGCUUCCUUUCCACCAAGGUCUGGCCUGGCUUAGAGAUCAAGCCAAUCCUCGAUGAGAACAGCAUCCUCCCCGUUUCCCAGCCUCCCACCACUAAAGAUACCAUCAAGGGUUGGGUUUCGCAGCUGGCACCCCAUGAUCUGGCUGGCUUGGAACGAGGCAUUCUGGCUUCGAAGAGUCUCCUAGUGGCUGUGCGCCUGUUGGUGGAGUGGAGUGAGAACUUCCGUCACCUCCAACGGUCUGAUGUGAAGAAAUUUGGUAUAGAUGAGGCCGCCGAGGCCUCGAGCUUGGAGGUCAAGUGGCAGACAGACAUGUGGGGCGAGGUUGAGGAUACUCACGAUGUGGGCAACGAGGACAUGAAGCGACAAUUGGGCAGUGUUGUUGUUUUGGUCAGCGGCGAGACUCGAUAA